AUGGGCGACCUCCGGGUUCUUCUGAUAGGCAAUGGCGGCCGCGAGCACGCUCUCGCCUGGAAACUCAGCCAGUCUCCUCGGGUCGAGUUGAUAUACGCCGUGCCGGGCAAUGGGGGCACCGCGACGUGCCCAAAGGUGACCAACGUUGCUUCGGUUGCCGCCGACGACUACCCCGGCUUGGUUGCGUUCGCCGAGGGUAACGGAGUCAAUCUCGUUGUGCCGGGGCCCGAAGCACCCCUCGUAGAUGGAGUGGAAGGAUUCUUCAGAAAAGCCGGCAUUCCGUGUUUUGGGCCGUCGAAAGAGGCCGCGCGCUUGGAAGGCAGCAAGACCUAUUCCAAGGAUUUCAUGAAUAAGUACAGCAUCCCGACGGCCGCCUACCAAAACUUCUCCGAUUACACACAGGCUGUCGCGUAUGUCGAGAGCGUCAAGCAUGACAUCGUCAUCAAAGCCACCGGUCUCGCCGCGGGCAAGGGCGUCAUCCUCCCGCAGACCAAGGAGGAAGCCAAGGACGCGCUGAAGCAGAUCAUGGUGGACCGGGCCUUUGGUGAUGCUGGCGGCGAGGUGGUCAUUGAGGAGCUUCUGCUCGGCGACGAGCUUAGCGUUCUCACCUUCUGCGACGGAUACACGUUCAAGUCGCUGCCAUUGGCGCAGGACCACAAGCGCAUCUUCGACGGAGACCAAGGCCCCAACACGGGCGGCAUGGGAUGUUACGCGCCUACCAACAUUGCCACCAAGGAGCUCACGGACAAGAUCGACAAGGAGAUUCUCGAGCCCACGAUAUCCGGCAUGCGUCGCGAACGGCAGCCAUUCCGCGGCGUCUUGUUCACCGGCCUGAUGAUCACGAGCUCCGGCCCCAAGGUGCUCGAGUACAACGUGCGAUUCGGCGACCCCGAGACCCAGACUGUCCUACCGCUGCUUUCGGCAGACACGGACCUCGCAGACAUCAUGCUUGCUUGCGCCGAAGGGUACCUCGACGACUGCUAUCUGAAGGUCGAGAACAAGUUCAGCGCCACCGUCGUCCUGGCCGCCGCUGGCUAUCCGGGGUCGUACGCAAAGGGCACGCCGAUGAAGGUCCGGGAUCCGCAGGCAGGCAGCACAAUAUUCCAUGCCGGGACCAAGGUAGAGGACAGCCAGCUGAAGACUUCGGGUGGGCGCGUCAUUGCCAUCAACUCGGUGGGAGACUCCCUCAAAGCCGCCGUGGAUGCCUCCUAUGCCGCUCUGUCGUCGGGUGUCAUCCAGUUCGAUGGCAUGUUCUUCAGAAAGGACAUAGCCCACCGAGCGUUCAGGUCGCCCAGCAAAGAGGCCAUGACGUAUGCGCAGGCCGGCGUCGACAUUCAGGCCGGGAAUGAUUUCGUCGAGAAGAUCAAAAAGGCAGUGGCCAGCACCAAGCGCCCCGGCGCGGACGCCGAAAUUGGUGGCUUCGGCGGCGAGAUCGACCUGUCUCAUUGCGGCUUCCCGGGCGCACCCGUUCUCGUGGGCGCCAUCGAUGGUGUUGGAACGAAGCUCAUGAUUGCCCAGACCAUGAAGAAGCACGACACGGUUGGCAUUGAUCUGGUGGCCAUGAAUGUCAACGAUCUAAUCGUUCAGGGCGCCACACCCCUCAUGUUCCUCGACUACUACGGCUGCAGCAAGCUUGACUUGGCCUCCGCCGCCUCGUUUGUCGAGGGCGUCGCUGAUGGCUGUCGCCAAGCCGGAUGCGCCCUGGUCGGGGGUGAGACGGCCGAAAUGCCGGGCAUGUACCAGGGUGAGGACUACGAUGCUGCGGGUUGUGCCGUUGGUGCAGUCUCGCCGUCGAGCAGGCUGCCAAAGCAGGCUGCCAUGGGGGAGGGCGAUGUCUUGUUGGGGCUGGGAUCGCAUGGCGUCCACUCCAACGGCUUCUCGCUCGUCCGCAGGAUUGUGCAGCACGCCGGCCUCGAGUACGGCUCCGUGGCUCCGUGGGACGCAUCGAGGACGGUCGGCGAGUCCCUGCUGACUCCCACUCGCAUCUACGUCAAGAGUCUCUUGCCCGUCCUGGACCAGAUCAAGGGCCUCGCGCACAUCACGGGCGGCGGCCUCACAGAGAACGUCCCGCGCAUGCUUCCGGAAUCGCUUGCAGCGGAGAUUGAGUUUGGCGCCUGGGAGAUCCCUCCUGUCUUCGGUUGGCUCAAGGCCAACGGCAACGUCGCGCCGGCAGAGAUGUGCCGGACCUUCAACGCGGGCGUGGGCAUGGUGAUUGCCGUCGAGGCGUCCAAAGCCGAUGCCGUGGCCCGGGCCCUGAGCGAGUCGGAAAAGGUGUUCAAGAUUGGACGGCUUGUCCGUCGCGCCGGGGGUGAGGAGGGCUGCGUAAUCCGGCAGCUGGAGUCUUGGGUAUGA